AUGUCCAUUUUACUCUUUUCCCUCAUUUGUCUCAAUUUGGCGACCUUCCUCAACAGUGCUCCAGUUGCUCAAUCGCGCGUCGACUACAGUAAUAUGCAGAGCACGAAUGUUGGCGAUGAAUUGCUCAAAUCAUUGACGAAGAAAGAGUUUGAUAUUCUGAGAGAAGUUGCAAAGAACUACCGUCAAUUCCACGAUGAAGAAGAUUUUCUUAAAGCAUUGAAACUUCGUUCCCCAUCGCUUUACGAGAAGGCUCUUCAAAUUCAUUUGGCUGUAAAUGCAAAACUUGAUGGUCUCAACAAAGAAGCUCGUGCAUUCGCCAAAAGAUUCAUCGCCGAAGGAAGAAAGGUUCGCUCGCAAAUGCUCAGCGGAGAAAAGCCAAAUAUGGAAGCAUUCAAGGAAAACACCAAAAAAUUCAUCAAACGUUUCAAUGCGCUUUCCCCUGUUGCCAAAGGAUCGUUGGCUGCGAAUUUUCCAGAAAUGCACACAUUCUUCAGCAGUCGCAAAAUUCAAGAAAUGGCUGGAUUACGUAUCUAA